AUGAAAUUCGGAGUUAGUACUUCCGAGGUGGUCAUCAUUGAUAGCAGACUUAGAGAGCACACGAAACAGCUAUUAGAACAUCUAACUAGUGCAGAAAAGAUAUUCUUAUUCGGUUCCAACCCAAAUGAAGCGAAAUUCGAGAUAGCUCAUUUAAAAUCACCAAAACGCCGCAAAAGAUCCUUGUUUCACGAACAUCAAGAUCUAGUCGGAUUAAAGAAACAUCUAGAUGUGAAGUUGAGUCCUAGAAACAGUUUCCUAGAUCCACAGUUCCUGCUCAUGAGAAGAUGGUCCAAUAAUACAGAAGCUGUUCUUGAUCAACAUACUGAUGAGGAACUGGAUCAAUGCUACUAUAAAAGUGAUAAUGCUGCGCUUUAUCUAUGUGAUGAUGUGGUAAUUAUAGGACUUUAA